AUGGCUUCAUCAAGUUUUUCACCAGCUGCACAUCAAGUCUUCAAUGGAGAAGGCUAUCACAUAUGGGUGGUCAAAAUGAAGACCUACCUGCAGGCUUUCGAUCUGUGGGAGGUGGUCAACUCUGAUGUUGAACCAGAGCCACUUAGAGCCAAUCCAACAAUGGCUCAGAUCAGGCAGCAUGCUGAUGAGAGGACCAAGAGGCACAAAGCCAUGUCUUGCAUCCAGAACUCAUUAUCAGAUGUGAUUUUCACAAGGAUUAUGGCCUGUGAAUCACCAAAACAGGCCUGGGACAAGUUGCAAGAGGAGUUUCAAGAGACAGAGAGGACAAGGCAGCAACAGUUGCUGAACCUGAGGAGAGAUUUCGAGAAUUUGAAUAUGAAGGAAGAAGAAACUGUCAAGCAGUACUCUGACAGGAUUAUGGCUGUGUUCAAGGAAGCUAGGAUAGUGGAGAAGGUUAUUGUAACUCUGCCCGAGAGGUAUGAGGCAAAAAUCUCAUCUCUCGAGGACUCAAGGGACCUGUCCACCAUCUCCCUGACAGAGUUGAUCAAUGCUCUAUAUGCUCAAGAGCAAAGAAGAGCAAGCAGACUGGAGGAGCAUCAAGAAGGUACCUUUCAGGCAAGAACAAACACUGCCUACAAAGGCAAGAAGGCCUGGAGAGACAAGCCAAGGACUGAUGCUGCAAGAAAAGAGGGUCAGACUUGCAAGCACUGCAGAAGGGUUGGUCAUCCAGAAGAAAAAUAUUGGUUCAAUCCAGAAGCUGUAUGUCAGCAUUGUAAAAAGAAGGGUCAUGUUGAGAGAGUCUGCAAGAGCAAGGCCAAAUCAAGGCAGAGUCAGUUUCAACAGAUGAAAGCUGAUGCUCGAGUAGCUAAGGAGGACAGUGCCAAAGUGAUUUCAAAUGUGCUUUUGGUGCCUGAAAUUGACAGAAACCUGCUCAGCAUAGCUCAGUUGCUGGAGAAAUGUUAUUCUAUUGUGUUCAAAGACAACCAAUGCCAAAUCAGUGAUCCAAGUGGAUCCAAGCUUAUGGUAGUUCCUAUGGCUGAUAAGAGCUUUGUAGUUGACUGGACCAGGGAGUCAGACAUUGCCUACACAGUCACAUCAGAUGAAUCCAAGCUUUGGCAUCAAAGGCUGGGACAUGCCAACUUCAGAUAG